CUCACAAUCUAGAUUUGUUGUAGCUGUUUUAGUUCUCACAUUUGAAAGAAAAACUUUACAUAAAAAGUUCAAAAAAUUUCUUUUAUAUUUAAUAUGAAUAGCAACGAGAUCAAGACGGGCACGAGUUGCAAUCAGAGCUAUGAGGAUGAAAACUGCAGCAGUAGCUAUUCCGAAGUCGCCCAACCGAGUGCACAGCCGGAAACGCUAGCUCCAGUGCGGGAAGAGCCGCCUAUACGCGUCCGCGACAUGAUAAAUCUUUAUAAUUUUGCCACGCAAAAGAAUCAGGAAUUGGCGCAUGCCAAAUCCAUCUAUUUCGGUGGCAACAUGAAGGGCGCACCAAUGGAGCUAAGCGAUAUGGAGCUGACACAGCCACAGGAGCAGGAAUGCUGCGACGGCAUAUGCCUCAAAAUGCCAGCUAUGGAUGGUCAGGCCAGCAGCAGCCGUCUACACAAUAAGAAACCGGGCAACUUUCGUGUGACCACAGCUGAUGAUCAGACUUCGCUGCGACAAUCGCUGCAGGCGGAUGCGGCGGGUGGUAAUUCCGUUGAGAAAUCGUAUCAGAGCAAGACAACCAUAAGACGCACCGAACAGGGCGUACGCAUCAUAAUUGACAUCUUCUUUGAUAAGAACGAGAAUGACAUUGAUAUUGUAGGCAGUCGUGUGGAGACGGACAUACCAGAGAGCCGCAUUUUGGCCGAUUUCCAGCAACACUCGUUGGCCAUGCGGUCACAGCAAAUCAAACAACAACCCAAUGUUUAACGUGUUAAGUUUAAUUUUCAUUAACAUCAACUGCUUUUCUAGCACAGAACGUCACAAAAUUUUAUGUUAUGUAUACGUACCGUUGUACCGUUUGUUUGUUAAAUAACAACACGCAUUUAAUUCAUUCAA